CCAGAGACGACUUCCUGGAGGAGGUGGCAGCAGGGACCGCUCUAAACCUUUGGGAGCCUGUGCAGGAGUGUGAGGGGCAGAGGUGCUUUUAGAAGCCUAUGGGCAGUCACAGAGGGUGUCUGGAUGCUUCAUCUGGGCACUGGUUAAUAGCCCUCCUCAUUCCCCAUAAAACCCCAGGAUCCUCUGGCUACUCUAUGUUUCUCUGCCUAUACAGAGGGGUCUGGGCACCCCUAAAGAGAACAACAGUCCAUCCUAGGCCUAAUCUUGUGCCCCUAAGCACCUCAGGGCCUCAGCCCUGGUGGUUGGGGUCCUUUGUGCCUUUAAGCAUAGCCAAUAUAUCCAGCAGGAAAUGCAAACUCUCCUGCUCCUCUAGUCAAUGCUUCUAGUCCCCUUGUGUUGGUAGAGAGAAGGAAAUUGUGGGCUCUCAAAGGCCAGGGUCUCAGAGGGUGCAAUCAGGAAGUCCCACCUUAGCACUCUCAGUCCCCAACUGUGGGUAAGCCCCAUUUCUGCCCCAUCUAUGGUUGAGAAUUAACUGUUCAUUCUUAGGACUAAUUCAGCCUCACCUUCUGCCCAAGUUCUCUUCCACAGCUUCUCCAAAGCCAGCAGUGUUGCCCUCUGUAUGCAAGUGGGGCCGGGCCUGUGUAAACAGAAUCCACUUCCAUGAAGAAGCAGAGCCCAGCCUCCAGGGAUGGCAUGGGCCUAGAUGUGUCCCGAAAAGAGGAUACAUCUUUAGUGAUGUCCAGUCUAGAAGUCAGUGCAAAAUGGAGGACAAAAAAGGGUAGGUCCAUCCCCAGUCUGUAUCCCUUCCAGACAUUAGAACUAGGAGAAUGGUAUGGCUGAGGGAAAGUGGUCUGGGGUACCUAGUUCUCUGAGGGGAGGCUGAUCCUUCUGUCUCUUGGCACCCAAUAUAUCUGGGAUGGAGCUCUCUGGGAUCAUUCAUCAGGACCAAGUCUGACUUGACCUAGACUCUGGUGGAUGCUGACUGGGAUCAGAUGAGAUGAGGUUGAAGAGACCUCAGGGUCAUCCCAGGAUCCAGCCUUGCUUUCCACUUGGCAUCUUUUAGCUAUUUAUUUGGCUGUGUCAGAUCUUAGUUGUGUCUUAGUUGUGUCAGGUCUUAGCUUUGUGUCCGGCGCACAGGAUCUUCGUUGUGUCAUGCUCUUGUUGUGGCGCAUGGACUCUCUGGUUAUGGCACAUGGGCUUAGUUGCUCUGAGGCAUGUGGGAUCUUAGUACCCUGAGCAGUGAUUGAACCUGUAUUCCUUGCUUUGCAAGGCAGAUUCUUAACCACUGGACCACGAGGGAAGUCCCUCCAUUUGGCAUCUUUUCUAGCCCUGAGUGAUGGCCCCUAGACCCAUAUCCACCAAAGCAGAGAUCUGGUGAAGAUCUAGAUGUGAAGGAGGCCACUGGUCUUGAAGGGAUCACCCCAGGAGGGAGUCUGUGUGCCAAGGAGGAAAGCUAAGGCUGGGUCUUGAGGAGCCGCUUCCUAGGGUGGGAGAGGAAGCAGGGCCUGUAAAAGACUCCAAGAGGCAGAACAAGAAACAGGAAAAAGCCAAGGUCACAAGGGGUGAAGCUUUGAAGAUGCCAGCAAAAUUUCAGUUACGAAAAAGAUCACAGAGCCCCUCCCCCAUUUUUUAUGGUGUGCCAUGGUGACUUUGGCAAGACCAAGUUUUGAGGACCAGUGGUAGUAGAUAUAAGGUUGACAUUAAGGCAGUGGAACCUGUAAGAGAAGAUGACUUCAAGAGUUUGAUUGGAAGGAAGGGGACACUGGAGGGACUUCGGGUGCUGGGAGGGAGCUAAAGGUAGGACGCUUUCAUGUGCUUAAUUGCUGGAAAGGAGAGGGGGAAGAGGCCUGGAAAGGGAAUAGUGAGAAAUGUUAGAGGGUGUGCAGGAGAGUGUGAAUACUCUGAGGAGGAAGGUACCAGUGGUUUGAGUGAGGAGCAUGUUGAGAGAAUGGAGUGGGAGGAUGGAAGCCUUCUAGCCAGGAUCUGUAAUCAGCCUUGGCACCAUUUCCCUGCCGGCCCUCUAACUUCAUCUGCCAGGCCCUGAAAGGGACUGAAGACUCUCUGGUCAUGGAGAAGGCAGGCUAAGGUAUUCAUGCCCCGGAGCUCCUCUCAGCCCAUUUCUGAUGGAGGUUUGAGAAUCAGUACCUUAGCAACCCUUGCUCUGAUUGGAACAAUAAUGUGAGGCCCAUGUUCUGUGCUGGCUCCCAGAGUCCCCAGCAGGAUUUGGUCGCUGUUGCCCAGAGUGGGAACUUGUUUGACACACCCUUAAUUGGCUGGUUUCCCUGUCUUCUUGCCACUUCUCUGCUGGCGCUUCCUGUCCUCAUUGCCCACAUUAACUAUGUGCAUUUGUGUCUCAGUCUCCAGGUGUGCUUCUGGGGAAAAUGAGGCAGACUGUCUAUAAAAUAGGGACAGGAUGGUAGCAAGCACAAACAUCCAUGAGGACCUCUGCUCUUAGGUGACCACUGACCUGUACAAAUGGGCCCCAGCUCACAGACUCAGCCAGUACUUUUAAUGCUGAGAAGAUAGGAUGAGCCAGGGUCUGGGUCUAAGGUAGGUCGGCCUCUGUCACACCAACUUGCUUUGGCCUGACCCCCGAGUUGGCUAGAGGCAGGCACAGGACCGUGAGGAUGGACAGUCACAAAGUGCCUUGGGUCCCAGAGUAGCCCAGGCCUUAGGCCCCACGGGAUAAGCCCAGAGUGACCUGACUGGGAGGUCCGUGGCCUCUGACUCUUCAUCCUUUGCUCAGGUACACUCCCCCACACAAACCGUCCCCACCCAGACCUGUGGAAGGGCCUGUCAAGUACUGAGGCUGGCACCUUCUGCUCCUCCACCCACGGCUAGCCUCGAUGUGCAUCACACAACCUCUUCUGUGCCCUGUCCGAGCUUGGGGAAGGGAGACCCAGCCAUUGCCCCCGCCAAGUCCCAGGCCUUUCCCUAAGAGGCCUCAAGGGGGCGCCGCCGCAAAGCCUGUCGUGGGCUCUUGAGAGCGCAGUAGCGGUGGGCGGGCGCCCGCUCCCUAAUUCCCCAGGUUCUCCUGGUCGGACCCUUCACGGGUGCUCCCAGGCUGGGUCCCGCUCAGAACCGCCCGCAUUCUACACGUGUCGUGAGGCCCAUCGCCGCUUCCUUUCUCCCCGCUGCCCGAGGUCGGAACCCAAAUCCUGGGCAGGCCCAGUGUCCACGUGUCCGUCUGUCUGUUCACCCGUGUGUCGGUGACCAUAGGUCGGUGCGCCCUGCUCCGGCCACGGCAGGUGCAGGGUUAAAGCAGGGGGAAGGGUUUCCCGAGUCGGGAGGGGGGACGAGGGGCGGACCCCGUCCAGCCCCGCCCCGCGCCGGAGCAGAGCCUGAACCCCGCCGGAGCCCGGCCUCAGCCCCAGCCAGAGCCGGCACCAGCGGAGCCAGAGCCGUGGACCCUGCUCCCGGCGGCGCCGGAGCCCGGGCCGGACCCUGAUCUUGGUCUUUUGUUGAGGAAUGGAUGGACUCUAUGGGAUGAUUCUCAAACGGGAUGUGAAGACCAAGUCCCUGGACUGGCCCCACACUCCCUUAUAGCCCCCUUAGAGUCAAGAUGAGGCCCUAUCAUGCCUUUCACUGAGGCCUGCAGCCUGAGCAGAUAGCAUGGCCUGCCACUAUAGGUGAACACCAUGGCUACAGGAGGAGGCCGGGCCUUUGCUUGGCAGGUGUUCCCACCCAUGCCCACCUGCCGGGUAUAUGGCACAGUGGCGUACCAGGAUGGGCACCUGCUUGUGUUGGGGGGCUGUGGCCGGGCUGGACUGCCUUUGGACACUGCCGAGACAUUGGAUAUGGCCUCGCACACGUGGGUGGCACUGGCGCCCCUGCCCACUGCCCGGGCUGGCGCGGCUGCUGUGGUAUUGGGCAAGCAGGUGCUAGUGGUGGGCGGUGUGGAUGAGGGCCAGAGUCCGGUAGCUGCUGUGGAGGCCUUCCUGGCUGACGAGGGCCGUUGGGAGCGUCGGGCCACUCUCCCUCAGGCCGCCAUGGGGGUUGCAACUGUGGAGAGAGAUGGUAUGGUGUAUGCAUUGGGGGGAAUGGGCCCUGACACGGCCCCCCAGGCCCAGGUUCGGGUGUAUGAACCCCGCCGGGACUGCUGGCUGUCGCUGCCCUCGAUGCCCACACCCUGCUAUGGGGCCUCUACCUUCCUGCAUGGAAACAAGAUCUAUGUCCUGGGGGGCCGCCAAGGCAAGCUCCCAGUGACUGCUUUUGAGGCCUUUGAUCUGGAGGCCCGUACCUGGACCCGACACCCAAGCCUGCCCAGCCGCCGGGCCUUUGCCGGCUGUGCCAUGGCCGAAGGCAGCGUCUUUAGCCUGGGUGGCCUGCAGCAGCCCGGGCCCCACAAUUUCUACUCCCGCCCACACUUUGUCAACACUGUGGAGAUGUUCGACCUGGAGCAUGGCUCCUGGACCAAGCUGCCCCGCAGCCUGCGCAUGAGGGACAAGAGAGCUGACUUUGUGGUUGGCUCGCUUGGGGACCACGUCGUGGCCAUUGGGGGCCUUGGAAACCAGCCGUGUCCCCUGGGCUCUGUAGAGGGUUUCAGCCUGGCACGGCGCCGCUGGGAGGCCCUGCCAGCUAUGCCCACAGCCCGCUGCUCCUGUUCUAGUCUGCAGGCUGGGCCUCGGCUGUUUGCCAUUGGGGGUGUGGCCCAGGGUCCCAGUCAGGCUGUGGAGGCCCUGUGUCUGCGUGAUGGGGUCUGAGUGCCUGAUGGGACCUGUCCACAGGAGAAGUUCUGUGCCAGGAGCAGGUGUCUGUGGUUCCUUUCGCUGCUCAGAAAGCUCACUGUGGCUCUGUGGGGUGAGGGAGGCACAGGGCGGGGCACUUGAGAUGCUGCCCCUGGGACGUGGGGGUGGCCUUCAUCUUUAGCACAGGACACACAGACCCUUUGACCCACCUUUACUCCCAUCCAUUCGUGGACCAUGAUGCCCAGCUCCACCCUUGCUCUGGAAACUACUGGGCCUCUGACCAACUGGGAAGUGGGAGAGGGCAGAGUUGGCCUCCUGCCCCACGGCUCGGUGCCUGCCUGGAGUUGAUCAGGCCCACCCCAAUGGCUAUUCCUGAAAACUCCUCGCUGUCAGCCUGCCUGGAAGACCCCAGUGGACCCAGAAGAGUUCAGAGAGGGCGGGAACACAGAGGGGUGUAGGCGUCGAUGUGGGGACCUCCAGAGGGCCAGAAGAACAUUGACUGUGGGCCCUUCACACUGCUGGCUGUGUGACUUCGGGCAAGUCACUUCACCUCUCUGUGCCUCAGCAUCCUCAUCUGUAAAUAGGGACCUCGGGGACCUUCCUGCCCAGCCUACCUCACAGGGCUGUUGUGAGGACCCGGGGGUUCAGAUGUGGAAGUAAAAGUGCUGCUAACUCUG